AUGGAAAGUGGUAACCGUCGCCUAUAGACAUGAACAGUACCAUGAACAUAACAGAAGUAUACUGUUUUGCCCAUGAUAUCUGCCAUGCGUUUAUUCCUGAGGACUUAGGUGUUAUUCCUCUGUACCCUGUAAAUUCACGCCAUAUCCCACCCUUCAAACCGAAACACAGCCAUGCAAACAACUGCUUUACGGUUGAAACACGAAUGGGACAGAUGUACUCAAGCAAUCGACUUUUGUACAAAGUCUUCCUCUGGUUUUCUUAAAAAUUAAUAAUGUGUCAAUAAGUGUUAAUUAUACAGGUCACGAUAUAUUUUAUUACCUUUUCAAGGAUUAAUGAGUUUCCGAGAUGAAUUUCUAAAACUUUAUUAUCUGAUUUUUGUGUAAUAUAACAUACAGUAAUUUAUAUUCAAUACCUUUUGCUAUUUGGUUUUUUAUUUUGUGUUAUUUAUCCUAUUAAAAUAUGAGGGGAAAAUGAACUACUUAUAAUUCUAUGCGCAUCCAAGCCCACAUAUGGUCUGACAUAUCAAGAAUAAAUAAUUACCAACUACAUCCUUUUCGCAUAUUUAUUUACGUACUAAAUUAACAUUGGCAUCUAUAAAUACAAAUGCAAAUUAAAAAGUAUGUUACACGUAAAGCAUUUUAGUUAAAGAAUUGCGAUGACAAACUUUGAAGGUUGUCUCCCAUAUAAAUAUAUGAGUGCCUAUACAUUUGUUAUCACCAACGGAAACUAAUCGCGCUGUAGGUGAGUGAGGUAUCCUGAUGGGAACUCUGCAUGGUCCUUAAAGAUAAUUCAAAUUGCGACAUAAAAGGCCACUUAAUUUCAAAAGUCUGCAUGUUAUCAGAUUACUAUCUAAUUAGAGCACUACAUAUGGAAUAAAGUACCUAUUAUACUUUAAAUAGGCGACUGCAUUGGAUUCGCAGUCCAGUAUACACAUGGUUGGUUUUCAGACAACUUUAUUAGAUAAUAUUGAAAUGUUGAUCACAUAUUUUGGUAUUUUGGUUUUUGUUUUUACAAUAAAUGGCAGUCCUAUUUACAACGAUAUAAAUCUUGACAAGUUUUACGAUGGUAUCGAGGACGAAUUUGGCGAAUACUUUGAGGGCGAUAUGGUACUGACGCCGAUUCAGGAAAGGGACAUCUUCGAGGCUACAGAGGGCCGUAAUGGUUUACGCAAUGGUGCUAAACGCUGGCCCAAUCGCACAGUCGUUUAUCAUAUUGAAGAGGAUAAUUUCGGUGAAGACGAACUGAAGAUUAUUGAAGAAGGUAUGGCGGAAAUCGCAAAUAAGUCUUGUAUUAAAUUUCGACCACGAAAGGAUAAAGAACAUGCAGUUGUUUUCAAGAGCUCAGCAAACGGGUGCUUCUCAAAUGUAGGCUUCAAUAAUGAUGAUGACGAAGAAUCUGAACAAGUUUUGAACUUGGGCAAGGGAUGCUUUAAACACGGCACCGUCGUUCACGAGAUGUUGCAUACAUUAGGAUUUUAUCAUAUGCAGAGCACAUAUGACAGGGACGACUAUAUUAAAAUUGUUUGGGAAAAUAUAAAAGAAGGUACCGAACAUAAUUUUGCAAAGUAUAACAAUGAUACGGUGACAGAUUUUGGAGUACCAUACGACUAUGGGAGCGUCAUGCAUUACCCAGAAAAAGCAUUCUCCAAAAACGGAAACAAAACUAUAAUUCCAUUGCAGGAAAAUGCACACAUUGGGCAACGAAAUGAAAUGUCAGAAAGCGAUGUUCUGAAGCUAAAUAAAAUGUACUGCGAACAAUCUGAAGAAGGUGAGAUAGACGUUACACACCGGAACAGCUAGGCGUCUUUCAGUUUAUCUCGUUUCAAAUAAUUUCAUUAUAUUAAAUGCAUUUUACUGAUUGAUGUUUGUAAUUUUAUACCGUUUUCCACUAGUGCAGAAACUAUCAUUUUCCAUUAUUGUGAUUUUUUUUGGGAAAUUCAUUUGAGUCGAUAACGGAGAUCGUUUAUGUAAGAAAAAAAUUGUGAAAAACAUGUAUAUAUUUUUUUUUUAUAGAACUUAGAAUGGCAAACAAGCAGGUGGGCUGUCAGCCCACUUGGUGGAAAGUGGUAACCGUCGCCUAUAGACAUGAGCAGUACUAUGGACACAACUGAGUACAACGUUUCGCCCAUGAUACACCCUAUGUGUUGCCAUUCCUGAGAACUCAGGUGUUAUUCCUCUGUUAUGUAAUAGGAAAAAAUCUAACGUAAUUUGUUAGUCAAAGCUGUAAAGGAUAGUAAGGUGAAAUUUACCGUAUUUUGAUAGAAAAUAUAAAGAAAUCUAGAAAUAAUCUUUAGAGACAUUUCACUAAUGCAUGUAACGACCAGUACGAGUAGUAAGUACAUAAAUGCUUAAACUAUAGAAAAGUCAAAGCUCACAAAUUUGAAAUUAUCAGUUAGGUACUUAAUGUUACGGCGAAUAUUAAUAUUUAUUUAAAAGACUAACUGUUGAGUUUCUUAAGGAUUCUUCUCAGCAGAAUUUCGAGCCCAGCAGUGGAAAUAUAAAAAAGGACGAUUUAAAAGAACUUCUAAACAAAUUUAUUUGUAUAAAGAUGAUUUGAAUUUGAGUAAGAAGAGCUUAUUUUUUGGAGAUUCUGCGUUUUGUAAAUUUAAAGGUAAAUUUAAUAAAAAUAAUAUUAUUAGAAUCAUACCCCGCAAAUUGAAGCGACGAUCUUAAUCUUACAUCGAGUCAAUAGAUGCAAAUGGUGCAGGAUCGAUGGUGAAAUAUGAAAGACAUCUAUGUUCAUUAGUGGAUAAUGGAAAGGUUGUAUUGAUGAUGAUGAUAUCAUGAUAAUAUUAUAUAAUUAUAUUAAUUGUAUUUUAAUAUUUUGGUGAAUGUUAGCGACAAUAAAAUUAUUUAAAAUGAUCUAAUUAACGUCUGAUCUCUUUCACGUGAACGGAUAGGAUAUGAUAUUGAAUUAAAAAAUAUAUGCGAUUAGGUAUGGUGUGGUAUACCUAUUUACUUAGGUGGUACUAAAUAUAUUAAAAGUAUACUUUGGUUCCACCACCUUGUAGGUAUUGUAUAUUGUCUGCUUUGUAAUGUAGUUCAUUAAUUCAGUGUAGUUAUAAAACUGUGACAAAAUCUGAAGGUUUAAUUUUAGUUAUUUGACUAUAGGAAUGUAAAAAUAAGUAAGCUCAUUCGAAAAGUUGCUUCGUUUGGUGUUCGGCGCGGAUAAAUAUCUGUUUUCUACUGCUAUCGCUACUGCUUGGAAAUAAACAAAACUAAGUAGAUUCAAAAUAAAACUAUAUCAAUCUGCCUGUGGUAAUAGUAGAUACUUAGGUACCUUUACCCUGCAAUUACCACGCCAGCCAGGUAGCUCGAAAUCGAGGAGAUUAAAUUACUAAAUUAUCUAUUCUUGUUUUUCUUCCUUGUUCAAGCAUAUUUAUGUAUUGAGUAAGAAAAUUAACCAAUUCGUCAUGUUGACUCCAAUUUAAUUCAGUUACUCGUUCCUUUGGUUUA